AGAUCACAUGCUGUCACUUCCUUCCUUUGAAGAACUGCUGAAUUAUGUUUGAGCUGACGGUGGAAAAUAAGCAAAACUGAAAAAAGACAGAGCAAGAUUUUGAUCUGUCACUAAAGAUUAUUAUACACAAUUUUUCUUCUCUUCUUUUCAAAGAGAUUUUCUUCUCUUCGCUUACAUGUCUGUAGUAAGUUCAUACACAAUUUGGAAUAGAUAGAAAAGAGGAAAACAGCCCGACAUCUUUUUUGUAAAAGAGCAGCCAUGAGUAAGAAUAUUCUCUGUGUUUUUUUCAUUGUAUCCUUCCUGCAAACAGGCAUCUCCAACAACAGGAUAACUAUCACACUCAGUCAGGAGGGAGAUAACAUAAUUGUGACCUGUGUCCUAGCUGGGAAUGACAGUCUAACUCAGGUUAACUGGGAUAAGGUACAAGGCUCUAAUCACACCAAACUAGGAAUCUUCCAUCCAAAUGAAGGUACCUACAUCUUUCCUGAGCACUCUGGCAAAGUAAAGAUUCAGGGGCAAGAAACCCCUCUGGCUUCCUCAGGCCUUUUUUCGCAGAAAGAAGCACUAAAUGAAAGUGGACUAAUCUGCUGUCAGUUUAUCACUUUUCCAUCAGGCAGUAUAAAGCAGUGUACUGACCUCAGUGAUGCAGCCAUAAGUGUUCUCAUAUCUGCAGCUGAACCCCAUGGUGCCGGACGAAAGCAGGGUUUAUUUGGGCAAUUUGGAGCUUUAACAGUCGGAUGCAUUCUUUCUCUCUUAUUUCUCAUCAUAACCAUCUUCACUUGCUGGAGGUGUUUCUGUAGGAGGCAAGUGCUUGAGAUACAGCAUGAGUAUAGAGACCAAUCAACAAUUUCAGAGAUGUACACAGAAGAGGCACGUGAAGUACAACCUACCCCCUCUCCCUCUGGGUUUGACCCCACAAAAUUAUAUGCAAAGAUUAAAGAGGAUCUAUAUUAUGGUCGGCUAUGGAAGUCCUACCAAGGAAAAGCACGAGUAGCAACACAGGGGUGUUUGGCUGGUUCAAGACAGAUUUAUUACCGUUUAGGUGAGAAUCCUCUAUCACAAAGGGAGCAGGAACACAACCCAAAAAUCCCACCUGCAACGUCAACGCCAUCCUCAAACAGCGGUAUCUGAACAUAAAAAAAAAUUCUUUUAAAAUGUGUCUAUAUUCUGGACUGUGUCACAGCCCUUACAGAUGAAAUCUUCUGUGGGUGUUUUAAAGAAUCACAGCAUUCACGUAAUCCACUAAUGGAUGAGUUCCCCAUACUGUCUUAACAAAUUGCAAGGCAAAAAAUCAUGUUUUGUCCAGAUCAUACAACUAUAUAUAUACAUUGGAUUGUGUUUCUAUUUUACCUCUCCUAACUGCCAAGUGUGGAACUGAUCACCUGAAUUUGUGCAUGUGCAUGUAUCAAGAGACUUUCAAGUCACAAAUGAGGCAGAGUUUGCACAAAUACUGCAAUUAUAUAACAUUCAAAGCUGGGGAUUGGCGCCACUUAUCUUAUUUUAUCUUUUCUUCCCCAGUAAGUGCCUUUUACCCCCACAACCCAUGGACUGGGUGUGUCUCUGCUAGUUUACAGGUCUUACUGACAGGCUAUAUCCAUCGCAGCCAAUCUUAAAUGAAAUGAAAUGAAACAGCCUUUAUUUGUCACAUAUACAUUACAGCACAGUGAAAUUCUUUCUUCGCAUAUCCCAUCCUUGGAGGUUGGGGUCAGAGCGCAGGGUCAGCCAUGAUACGGCGCCCCUGGAGCAGAGAGGGUUAAGGGCCUUGCUCAAGGGCCCAACAGUGGCAACUUGGCGGUGCUGGGGCUUGAACCCCUGAUCUUCUGGUCAACGACCCAGAGCCUUAACCACUUGAGCCACCACUGCCCCUAAAUCUUGAAAUGAUAGCUGCCACAGCAGGAAAUGUGCUGUUUUGCACAAUUGUACUUUCAACAGUAUUUACAAUGUCACAGUACACAGCUUCAGCUUUUAAUGAGACUUUUAAAGGGAUAUUUAGACCAAUAGCUCACCUGUGACCAAACUCUUUGUGAGGUGUUUUAUACAGAUAUGCAAGUGACCUUGUCUUCAUGAUGGCUCUGCUCUAUUUGAGCAACAGUCUUCUAUGUGCACCCACCAAGAAACAGGACAUUUACUUUAUUUUACAUAUGCCUUCAUCCAGAGUGACUUAAAGAAGUGCUUUGUGGUCUAUAUCAAUACAUACAUCCUAAUGUAAACUAUGUCAUGGACUAAUAAUACUAUCUGUGAAAAAAAACUGCUGGGGUGGUAGUACAUUAAGAAAAUCACACAGUCAAUGCAAUUUUAGUGCCUUUAUUCAUGCCUUUAGUCACUGUUUGAAGACUGACAGUGACUCAGGUGUUCAGACAUUGAGGGGAAUUUCAUUCCACUUUGUAGGUGCCAGAACAGAGAAGAGUCUUAAUGCCUGCUCAUUUAUACCCUGAGAGAUGGCGGGACCAGUCAAGCAGUGCUAGAGGACUAGAGAGGGUUUUUCCUAUUGGCUUUGUAGGCAAGCAUCAUUGUUUAAGGCAAGCAUCAAUGUUUUCAACGUCCAGAGAACAGAAGAGGGCCAAGUAUUGAGACUUGUGGGACUCCAGUGAGCAGAUGUGGAUUUCCUUUAUUAGUGGGAUAUCACCCAUGUUGUGCAAAUUAUGGUCUUCAUGGAGGGACUUCUUAGAUUGGUGAGUGGCAGUUAAAGCAGUUAAUUCCCUAGAAAAGACUCUAGCUUGUUGGAAAAUGCCAGGCUUUCUAACAGAUGGCAAGGUUGAGAGUGGUUUGGGGUCAGUUUCUGCUAGCACGUUGGUGUUGACAGACUCUAAAUUAGCUGUGGCAGCCACUCUUAAAAUAUAGGAAAGGUUAGGCAAGGCACAAGUGGACAUCUUCGCCAAUGUCAAGUCAUCACAUUUGUGAUUGGUGUUCUCAAAAAGACAGCUGACCCAGUAUCCAUUAUCCUAUGACUGGCCUCACCAAGACCAGUUUGUGGUCUUCAUCGGACGGGCAGCAAGACCUUGGUUCCCACUAGAGAUUUUGCUCAUGGGAAGAACACCCUAAAGACCUCAGUUUCAAGCUGUUCUAUUAAUGGUGUGCACUUCACAGACUGAAUGGUGGUACAUUUCCCAAUUCCUACCAAAAUUUAACUUUAAGGACUCCUUAACUGCAGCAAUUCCCUAGUCACCCUGAAGGUGCCAUCUCAGCAACAUAUCACCAUCUAUCAUUGUAGUUGAAAUUAUGCUAAGAGUGUGGAAAUGAUAAAAGACAGCAGACAUUCAAACUGUACUUCAAAAAUCAGGGAAUUAAACUUUAUUGGCUGUUUGGCAGUGCUGUAUGAUUCUCACAGCCCCAGAGUAAUAAAAAAAAAUCCUAGUUAGGAAUGUACCUGCCAUUAUAUUAAAAAAGAUCCAGUGGUCAUUGUCAUUUGGAACAGAUGCUCAGCAAGGUCCAGGUUCCAGGGAAAGAUGACUUUGGGACAGAAUUUAUUGCAAAUAAUUCAUCAAAUGUCACUAUGUAACAACAAUAUGAGCACAAAAAGGAAUUAGUGGCUCAUCUCGUCUCUUAAGAUUCUAAAAUCAUUAAUAUAAUAAUACCUUGUUGUAUGUUCUAAAAUAUAAGUUAACUAUACAUGAAACUCUUGCAAUUUAUUUACAAAUACUUUGUUAUGUCUUUCUAAUACUAUGUAAUGUCUUUCUAAUUUGUUUGAUCAGUUAUUCUUGUUAUGCAAAUGAAAAAAAUAAACUUCUUGGAAUCUC